AGUUCGGACCAAGAGGGAGUCAGAAACAUCGUCCAAGAUCCGGGGAGAGGCAGAGCCCUUGCCGUUGGACGGAGCCCAGGCCUCUGGCCCUCAGCUCCCUCUUCUUGGAACCUGCUGGAGAGAGAGACAGAGACAGAGACCGAGAGAGAGUAGAGAGAGAGAGAGAGAAACUGAGGCAAAGAUGGCCCUCAGGACGGCCACCGUCCACACCGACGUGGGGCGAGCCCUGAUUCUCCACGUCUGCCUCCUCCUCCCGGGGCUCAUCGGUGCAGCCGUCGCCCCCGAGCCCCCCGCCGCCGGAAAAUGCCCUCACGAGGGGAUCGCCAUCUCAGGGGGCAGCGUCCUCUUCCACGAUGAUGGCUCGGGGCUGGAGUACCUCUGCCCCGCGGGCUACUACCCCUUCCCCGUCCAGACCCGGGUCUGCCGCGGCUCCGGGACCUGGAGCCCCAUGCGUGACCAACAGGGCGGGCUGCACCGGACCGCCGAGUGUCGACUGAUCCGCUGCCCGGGCCCCGUGGACUUUGAGAACGGCGAGUAUUGGCCCCGAGCCCGGGCCUUCAACGUCAGCCAGGUCCUCACCUUCCAAUGCUACGACGGCUACACCCUCCGCGGCUCCGGCACGCGUACCUGCCUCCCUUCCGGCAAGUGGGACGGACAGACGGCCAUCUGCGACGGCGGGGCGUCCCACUGCCGGAACCCCGGCAUCCCCAUCGGCACGAGGAAGACGGGCUGGCAGUACCGCUGGGAAGACUCCGUCACCUACCGCUGUGCCCACGGGCUGACCCUGCAGGGCUCCCAGAAGCGCACCUGCAUGGACGACGGCUCCUGGAGCGGCACGGAGCCCUCCUGCAGAGGCUCCUACAUGUACGACACCCCGGACGAAGUGUCUUCGGCCUUCAUCUCCUCGUUGACCGAGGCCCUGGAGGGAGCGGACGCGGCCAGCGGCCAGAACCCGGGGGACCAGCAGAAGCGGCGGAUCCUCAUCGACCCCGCAGGCUCCAUGAACAUCUACUUGGUCAUGGAUGCCUCCUCUAGCAUCGGAUCCCAUAACUUCACCGGGGCCAAGAGGUGUCUCAACAGCCUCAUCGAGAAGGUGGCGAGCUACGGGGUGAAGCCGCGCUACGGGGUCCUGACCUACGCCACCAACACCCAGAUUGUCGUCAGGACCACCGACGAUAGGAGCAGUGACGCCGACUGGGUCAGCCAGCAGCUGGAGAACAUCAAAUACUCCGACCACAAGCAGGUGCCCGGCACCAACACGUACAAGGCGCUGAUGGCUGUGUACAACAUGAUGAUCUCCCAGGAGAAGCAGGACCCCAAAGGCUGGAACAUCACCCGCCAUGUCAUCCUGCUCAUGACCGAUGGGAACUACAACAUGGGGGGUACUCCGGAGCGGGUGAUAGCUGACAUCAGAGAGUUCCUGAACAUUGGACGGAACCUCAGGAACCCCCGAGAGGACUAUCUGGAUAUCUAUGUGUUUGGCAUCGGACCCCUGGUUGACCAAGAGAAGAUUAAUGCUCUUGCAUCCAAGAAGAGUGGGGAGACCCACGUCUUCAAGGUCAAGGACAUGCAAGAUUUGGAGAAGACCUUCCACAUGAUGAUUGACGAGAGCCAGACCCUGGGCCUCUGCGGCGUGGGCUGGGAGUUCGAUCCGCCCGAGGUGUCCCAGCCCAACUCCCCUCCCCAGCGGAAGUACCCCUGGCAGGCCAGCAUCACCAUCACCCGUCCGCCCGGCAUGAAGGAGAACUGCAAGGGGACCGUGGUGUCCCCCUAUUUCAUUCUCACGGCGGCUCACUGCUUCAACGUGGACGACGAAGCCCGGAACAUCAAGGUUUCCGUGGGGGAGGGGCGGGAUUCGGACACGGAGCACGUGCACUUCCACCCCGAGUACGACGUCAACAAGAAGAAGGGCCAGGGCAUCAGCGAGUUCUACGACUACGACGUGGCCCUGAUCCAGCUCCACAAGAAACUGGUGUUCUCGCCCAACGUGCGGCCUGUGUGUCUCCCCUGCACUGCUGGCACCACCCGGGCCCUGAGGCUGCCCCUUCCUUCCACCUGUCGGCAUCACGCGGCCCAGCUCCUGCCCGUGGGAAACGUCAAAGCCAUGUUCAUCACCGACGGCAAGACCGCGUCCGGGAAGAAGGUCCAGAACCGCAACGAGGUCCUCAUCAAGAACGGGGAGAAGAAGAGCGGGUGUGAGGAGGACGCGCGUCACGCCCAGGGCUACGAGAACAUCAAGCAGAUCUCGGACGUGGUGACCCCCAACUUCCUGUGCACGGGUGGCUCCGACCCCGUCGCCGACCCCAACACCUGCAAGGGUGACUCGGGCGGGCCCCUCAUCAUCCACCAGAAGAGCCGCUUCAUCCAGGUGGGAGUGAUCAGCUGGGGCGUAAUCGACGUGUGCAAGGAGAAGGGCAAGCCCAUCCCCUCCUUUGCCCGGGACUUCCACUUCAACCUCUUCUCCGUGAUACCGUGGUUAAAGAAAAUCCUCAAGGAGGAAGACUUGGGGUUCCUGUGAGGAGGACGGGGGGGCCCGCGGGCUCCCUGCUACCAAGAGGACUGACUGGGCCCAGGGGCUCAGGGUAGGGAAGGAGAGGACGACUUCCCGAGGAGGGGAUAGGGGAAGGGGGCUUCCAGUCCCCACCGCCCAGCCUCUGUCGGGAAGCCCCCCUUAGCCGGCGCCUGCCCCCUCUGAGCCCAGGUUAUCUGGGGAAAUAAAACAGUGGGGGAUUUGUGUCAAG